UCUGAAGAAUUUCUAUGAAAAUUUGAAAAUGCAUCAUUGCCAACCCGGGUGGAGACUUUAUAACAGACUUGAGUCCGGCCAAUUUCUCCUAAUUCGAUUGAAUAUUCGAGUGAACUAACUUCGGUUAGAAGACUUGAGUGCGCUCGGACUCAAGUACGGACUCUCCCGAGCAAUGGCAAAAAUACAGUGCCUAGAUUCACUUCUACCUUGUUUUUUCUCUCGUCGCUCUAUCGAUCAUCCAAUUUGUAUCGUUGAUCGGUGGUGCACCAUGGGACUAGUAGUUUUAGUACCAACUCUUGUUGUCCCUGUAUCUUGUGCGUAAGCUCAAAUCUCAUUCAUCUCUUCCUGUAGCAUGAAAUAGUGUUUUGUGCACUAUUUGACGUGCCAAAAAAACGCAGGAGUCCGGCAAAAUCAUCAACAAUGGGCCGACCGUCCUGCUCUCGUUAUGAAAGGCAUGAGAAUGUCGUGGAAUUGGAAUGCAAGCCGAAAUCAUGGAUGUGGAAGCAGUACCAGUUCUAAAGUUCACCUUAUCACAUCCCACUACUUAUUCGUCUCCAAAUCAACUGAACAUGUUUCGACUUCAGCCAGGAGCUCUGUUGUCUUUAACCCUUUUUGUCCUUGCCUUGAUCGCUAUUAGUGAGCCUUGUGUCAUCAAAUAUCGAAUGUGCCGAGGGAAUGUCAAUGGUUACAGUGAGUUCUUGGAGCGGUUCUAUAACAUCACAAGUGCGGAUGAGUGCCAUGUGAAUUGUCAAACGAUUUUUCCCCAGAAAGUGGCGUAUUAUCAAUUCUUUGAGGGGCCUAAACGACAAAUUUGUGCUUGCUUGAAGUCGUGUAUUGUGGCCAAUUACAAGAUCAUGGGACUGGAAAUCGGAUCCAUCAAUGGGCGGGACCCAAACAAUAUUUGCCCUUGAGUUGGGUUUUACCCUUUAUUUUAUUUUCAGUUUAAAAAUAUACUUUUGAAAGGCGAA